AUGUCCGACUUUAAUCACUCAGAAUCCGUUCAUCCAAACUCUACUUUGAGCGGUGUACCUUCCAAUUCUGCUGAUGGAGCUAUGACACCGCCCUCCAGAGUCCCAAGUCCUCUUCGGAGUACACCCCGGAGUCUUCGGCCCUAUGUCUGGGCUCUAAUGGCAUUCAAAAAUGGCGCUCGAUUCCAGACGAAGCCUUCGAAAACACGAGCUCGCAGAGCCAGCCUCCUCGCCGAUAAGGAAGGCCCUUUUGCUCCUUCUCUCAUGCCCCUCUUUGCAGGCAUUGCCGUUGCUUUCAGCGAUAACGACUCAGCCGUAAUUGCAGUUGCUAUCCACGAUAGUACAUAUCUGACCGACUUCUCGGUCGAAACCAUCCAGCUCAAGGAUGCUGUCGGAAAGGGCGAAGAUCCAAUUGCAGACUAUGUGGUCACCCAGCUGGAAAAGUAUGAGCAUACAAAUAUUGCAAAGUUUAUUGGUGCUGGACUCCCUGCGGAACUCUUGAAGAAGUCACCUCGACUCUGUUCCAGGCUAUGGCUUGAGCUAGACAUUGUCCCUGUUACAAUCGUUCCUGAGCUUGAAGGUUUCGAAAGGAACACCAAGGGUAAGAACUUUUGGAGCUCAAAGUGCGUGGAUGAGCAAGCCGAUUCAAUGGCUCGAAAAUGCAUCAUGCACUUCGGCCCCAACCUUGCUCCUCUACUGCAAGUUGGCUACAGAGGCAUCGUCGAAAUUGAUUCCGGUGGAAGAGCGCAUAUCCUAAGCAUCGAUGAUUUCAAGCGGUUGUGUGAUGCUCCUACGUGGGACUCCAUGAUGCAUUUCGCCACCAAUCUCAAGAAGAUGGGUACAAGAAUAGCAUUCUUUAGCAGCACACCACAAGGUGGUGGAGUAGCUUUGAUGAGACACGCACUCGUCCGACUUGCGGAUCUUCUAGGUGUUCAACUUACUUGGUACGUACCAAAACCGAAGCCAGGAGUGUUCCGUAUCACCAAGACCAUCCAUAAUAUCCUUCAAGGUGUCGCGGAGCCAGGUGUUUGUGUCAGUUCCGAAGAGAAGCUGGUUCUUGUGGAUUGGAUCGCAGAUAAUGCGAAGAGAUACUGGCUAUCUCCCGGCGGACCUCUACGCCCGGCCGAAGAAGGGGGUGUAGACGUCAUUAUGAUUGAUGAUCCUCAAAUGCCAGGGUUGAUUCCUCUCAUCAAGAAUUUGACUCCAAAUCGACCAGUUCUUUAUCGAAGUCACAUCCAAAUCCGAGGUGACCUUGCUGUACAAGAGGGUACUCCACAGUCAGAUGUCUGGCAAUUCUUGUGGCAAAAUAUCAAACUUGCCGAUAUGUUUAUCAGUCAUCCAAUUCCAUCUUUUGUUCCUAGCAAUGUUCCAGCAUCAAGUGUGGCAUAUCUUCCUGCCACUACAGAUUGGCUCGAUGGUCUCAACAAGGACAUGAAUGAGUGGGAUCAAGGCUACUACGGUCACAUCUACAACGAAAAAUGCCACGCCAUCAGAAUGACCCAACUCAAAUGGCCCCUCAAGAAAUAUUUCAUCCAAAUCGCACGCUUCGACCCCGCAAAAGGUAUUCCCGACCUCAUUCAAUCCUACGCAGAGUUCCGCCGUCUGCUCAGUAAACACGACCCCAGCCUCGAAGCCCCUCAACUCGUAAUCUGCGGCAACGGCUCCGUCGACGACCCUGACGGAACCAUCAUCCUCGACCAAACCAUGAGCACACUCGAGACCAAAUUCCCACACCUCCUCUCCUCCAUCUCAGUCAUGCGUCUCGCGCCCAAUGACCAGCUCCUCAAUACCCUGCUCUCUGCAUCGCAUACAGUCCUCCAACUCUCCACUCGAGAAGGGUUUGAAGUCAAAGUCUCCGAAGCCAUUCAUAAAGGCAAGCCUGUCAUCGCUACGAACUGUGGCGGUAUCCCGCUACAGGUCCAGCAUGGCAAGAAUGGUUUCUUGGUCGAGGCUGGGGAUUGGUAUGCUGUGGCGAGGCACCUCCUGGAGCUGUGGACGGAUGAGAAGAUGUAUGAGGAGAUGUGUGCGUAUGCGAAGAUUAGUGUGAGCGAUGAAGUUGGGACGGUGGGGAAUGCGCUGGCGUGGUUCUAUCUCGCCGAUAAGUGGGCAAAUGGCAAGGGUGUUGUCCCGGAAGGACGGUGGGUUAAUGAUCUUGCGAGGGAGGAGUCGGGGAUUCCUUACAAAGAGGGAGAGAAUAGAUUGCCAAGGAAUUUUGGGAGUGCUUGA